AUGGAGCCAAUGAACCUAGACCAAAUGAACCACAACAAGGGAGACAAUAACGGGACAAAUUUUAAUGUCCCCGUUGAAGACAUAAACACCAUUGACAAGGAGUUCAGCGAUUUGCAAAAGUUGAAGAUGAUGAAUGAAGGCGCAGAGAUGCAAAUGAACCAGUCGGGUGGCCUCGACUCGCACGAAAUGGAACAGGAGGAAAUAAACAACCGAUCCAUUUUUGUUGGGAAUGUGGACUAUUCUACCCAACCGGAAGAACUACAGUCCCUCUUUUCGGAGUGCGGCCUAAUAAACCGAGUGACCAUAUUGGUGAACAAGAACACGGGACACUCGAAGGGAUAUGCCUACAUCGAAUUCGCGGACGCGUCCUCCGUGCGAACGGCACUCUCCCUAUCCGAGUCCUUUUUCAAGAAAAGACAAAUUAAGGUUUGCAGCAAAAGGCGAAACAUCCCCGGAUUCAACCGACCGAGAUAUAGCCCCUUUAGAGGUCGAUCUCUGAAGACGAGCUUUGCCCCCAGGGGAAGACUCAGACAACCCAGCUUCAGACCCUUCUACCGCGGAAGAGGAUCAUACAAGAGAAUCAUCUCGAACCCCUACGACCGGGCCUGA